GCGAAGGAUGAGGCGAUGCUAUAGUGCCCAAGCCUUUGUCGGCUGCUAGAACUGAUACGCUGUAUCAUUACCUGUCGUCCACUCCGUGUGUCAAUAUACAGCAAGUACUACGCACUACACACCGCGACGGGCUGUAGUAAAAUGUAGUAAGACUACCGCCGAGGACGAGGCCACCAAAGAACAUACCAAUGGACGGGCUGUGCAAUGUCUUUUGUCCUCUCGAUUUUCAACUGUAGACAACAGUUUGAGCAUAUCUGGUGUAUGGCUGAACAGGACGUUUUUAGGACAACCAAAGGUUGACAUUCGUUUUGGGAGAACAGAACGGUGCAAAGAACAAGACAAAAUUUCAACAUGACUUUACCAUCAAGGGGAUAGGCGAAUAAUGCUUUUAAACAGACUCGCCUGACGCCUACUGAUGUCGGAUUCAUGAAGUAUUGGAGAUAUCAGUCUUGGAACACUGUCCAGCAAACGCUGGAUAUAGACACCAAUACAGCAAUCUCCGAGUUAUAUUUAGCUGUUUAAUGGUGCGUUAUUGGAAACUAAAUAAUGCUUACGCUAUUUCUGCCAGGAUGAUAUACAGUGGAAUCUUUUGUUAAGGAAAACAAUCUAUAUCUGAGUAAUUUGUUUACUCAAACAUCUUCUCGUUCAAGGAUCGACCACAAGGGCUUUCGUUUGGUUACAUCAAGAGCCAUCUAUUUUCGUUUAGCAUAAGCAUAUUCUAUUAACAGGUAGUUGGCGAUUCAUAAUGCGGAGUAUUUCUUAAUUAGUAUCGGGAUGCUUUAAUGAUUACAAAGCUAACGAAGGUUAUACAUACAGUGCAGUCAGUUGUGGCCAGAUACACGUGACUGACAAACUAAAUUAGCAUAAUUGCCGACUAGAUUGCCGUGUACUUCAACGUAAGAAGUUUUAACAAAACAUUAUCAUCAAUUAGCACGCUUCCAAUAUCGUAUGCACUACCUAUGUUAAAAUGUUAAUGGAAAAAGUGAAAUGCGAAAAUUAAUCUGCAGUGUUGUGUAAUUACAUAGAUUACAAACUUCCAAUAGAUAUCAGUAAGGAAAGAUAUACCAACUGAACUCUUGGAUACCACCCAAUGAGGACAUGAACAUUGAAUCAAUCGAUACAUUUUUCAAGAAAAUCUGUAAAUAGUUUUCAAAUUAACUCGAUAUAUCAGCGAGGAAGCUUGCACAAAGUGAACGAAACAGUUGAGAUAUUGAUUUUCAGUUUACCUUGAUCAUAUAAGCAGCUUACUUUUAUUUGUCCACCAGGGACGACAUAACUGGAUUGCUAUUUGAUUACGUUCACAAAUGGUAACCAUGGAAAGGAACAAGUGUUGAACAGAUCAACUUUGUCUCCAUCGAAAUCAGAAUGAGUCAAACAAGUGAGCUCCUCUCAGAAGGUGAAUGUCACGGCGAGUGUCAAUGCACGUGCAGCCAGACAACAAUGUCGGAAAAAUACACGGACGAAUCUUCUGAGCUGUCACGACAGGACACUGCUCUUGUACUGGAAGGAAACGAAGAAUGGUCGGAAACAUCCGAAAUGGAAUGCCUAUCGGAACAGGCUUGGUCCGCUCAGGGUGCCAUACUGGUGGACCAGGGCCCUCACGCGCAUGCGCAAUGUGACCACCUCCACUGGGAAGGUGUUUCAAUGACCGAAGACGAUAUUGAGAUCAUCACGGACGGUUCGUACGAUAACUACCAUCAGGAUGUGUAUUACAUAGAUCCUGUAGUUGCGCAGACGCUUUUCAGUGAUAUUCUCUUACAUCGACAGCACGCGGCUAAUGUACAUAUCCAUGUCGAGGGCAAGACAAAAAGACAAAAGUUCAUUGCCCGGGCGGUUAUGAUCGUAUCAAGUGUGAUGUUCACUGUCAGUGUUCUCCUAGUCAUGAUCUCGCUUAUUAUGUCCGAUCACAUUGAUGAUCUCGUAAGAGAUGCCAACAACCUCCGAGGACCAUCAGAAGCCCCUGGUACCAUGACAACGGUAGCCGCCAACUUCACUACAAAUACAACUUUGAUUGGAAAUAGAAGCGGUGUUUUAUCCUGACUAAAAUUGAGGAGGAUGCUACGCUAGAAAUCCUGACCAAUACUGUGAUAGAGUGAUUUUGAAAACAAUAUAGCUAUAAUAGCAUAUGACGUCAACAGCACAUGAUUGCAUAGCUUGUCGUGACGUGUCCACACUUAUAAUAUACGAUAUGCCAAUUACAUCUGGAUAAGUUUAGCACCUUUUGAAGUUUGACGUACCCGUGUUAGGUACGUGAUGAUAAGUACUGACGUUAGAGGAGGUGAAAACAACAUGCAUAGGGACAAAAACAUGUUUGACAAAACCAUCAACAUCUACAUGUCAAUUAUCGAAUAAAACAGUGGACUUUUAUCAGACAGUUAAACACGUAUUAAAUAUAAAUAUUUUAUAUUGUGUAGCCAUUUGUUAUGACAUUUUUAUGUCAUAAGAUCAGUUCAAAUGCUAAACAUUAACAUAAAUAUGCUUCUUAUUAUUACAUUUUAUAAGAUGUAGAAUUAAUGGAUAUUUGUUAAAACGACAUCGAAGAUUAUCAAAUAUCACGAUUUGGACUCUACGAUGUUAUACGAUGUAAUAUUAAAACUGUGAUAUCUUUUUGCUUAUAACCACAUCAACAAUAUAUUUGAUUGCUUUUGAAGUCAUUUAAGCAAACAAUGUUUUAGCAGAUUGUGUUAUGGUCGUAUUACACACUGCCAUGUUUUGGUAACACACCCAAUUUUCUUAAACAUACUUAACUUAUAUUUAUAUUUAAUAGCAUUUAGGUUAAUUAUUUCUCGCCCUUAACGUUAGUUCGCUAUAUUCUUAGAACAUCUAAAUCAGUGCUACCAUAAUUAAAUCGGUGACGUCAUAAUUGCUGUAUCACAUGACUAGAUGGUGGGACGUUCUCACAAAACCUGUUCAUUUUUUUGCAUUGCUAAAAUGUAUGUGAAGAUGCAGAGUGAAUGUAAAUAUAUUUAUUGAGGCCAAAGACCAUCAUACAUUGUGCUGAUGAUAAAACAUCCAAUUAUGUCUUGUCUAGGUUUUUUUAAUCAGUUUUUGUGUUAUUGGAACACACAUACUGACUUUAUAAGUACCAUUCUAAAGAUAAAAAUAGCGAUGAAAUCUAUAAGUUUAGAAGUGAAAAAUAGGGUAGGUGCAGUGAUCGUAAGCAGACAUAUUGUAAUAUUAGUCUUUAGCAAGUUAUUGUUUUAUUUAAUGUCCUUACAUAGCAUUUAAACGAUCACUGUUCUACAUACUGUAAUGUUAAUAUGCUUAAUGGUAAUUUGAAAAUCAGUUAUUUCGCUUUCUGACUUAUUAGUGAUGUAUCACGAUAUUAACAUCUGUAUUAUGCUUGGUACUAAGCUGGACAAAAACAUAGCUAAAACCACCCCUUAUUUGUUCUUGACAACAUUAGUUUCUUGGCAAUUAAAUCUAUAUUUUUAUCUAUGGUAAUGUCGAAAAAAAUAUUGCAAAAUUGUAUUCCGUUUUCACACAUUUAUUUAAAAUGAUUUAACAUAUUUGUUCAAUAUAAGGCAUUUAUUACACGUAUCUUUUGGCAGGUUAUAGAUUGGACACCAGUUCCAGUUGUACCAGUCUACACAACGUGACUGAACUGUGAAGUGUGUCAGUAUAUUUUUAUCUUAUGACAGGUUGGUAAAUGUCUGAGAAAGCACAAAGCUGAAAACACACGGACGUUUACGAUGAAAUAUCAAGAAAGAUUGAAGCUACACUAUUUAAGCAGCCUUUUGGGAUGAAAAAUAUUAACCUGUACAUGAAUAUGUUCUCGGCUUUUAUGUUAUAACUUUCAAUUUUUCUACACAUAAAAUUGUAGUCAUUUUUCAAAACAAAAUCAAAUGUUCCAAAUGACCUAUGAAGCUUCCAACUAAAUAACUACCCUGUCGUCAACCUACUCCAUUUCCUAUGUUUAAAUAGUGUGAACAACAUGUUUAUUAACCUUUAUUCGAAAUGGCUGCCCUUUACUUGCUGUACUUGAUGAGAUUGCACUGACUGAUUGAAUUUAGCACCUCUUAAGUAUUUGUGAAACGAAUCGGCAAGUGGUCUUAGUUAAGGUAAGAAUAAUUGCGUAAUUCGUUUACACUCAUAAAACUGAGAACCAAAUAAAGAGGAUUCGACUUAGAUGGACGUAUCCUGUGCAUUGGUGUAAGUCAAUAUGAUUUCUCAUAUAUGUCGCUUGCCUCUUAGUUUCUUACUUUUUUUUAUAUCAACCCACAAUCAUCGAACAAUUGUCAUAUCGAGUUGUGUUCAAAUUUGUUAUUCUAUAUAGCUGAUUAAUAAUCAAUAACAAUAUCUUGUAAGUAGCUUUCUUAUCCAGAUAUUAUUUUUUUUUGUAUUUUUUACGAACAUCUACGUCGUCUCCUUAAGUCAUUAUCAACCCAUGCCCAUAUUUCAUCGAUUAAGGACGAACCACAUAUGUUAAUGUUAUCUUUCAAAUAUCGCAAUAUAUGCAUAAUACCUUGUGAAGGAAUUGGCAAGCGUUAGGAAUUGUACUGUCUCGCCUUUGAAAGGUCUAUUAUUAUACGUUGUAAAGCAUUUGAAUGCGUUUGUAAUCACAGAUCAAAGUAACAUGGUACUGUUGCUGGCUUUCAUAAGAAAAUGUAACCAGUGAAUGAAGAAGAAAGAUAGGUUUAUUUUAAUAAAAAAAAGACGCGUAAUAGAUGGCUACUUAAGAAAGACGUGUCGACACAAGCAAUGCAGAUCAGCGGCUAAAAUUUGUAGAUGAUGCGUAUGUUUCUUACUGAUGAACAUGUCUGUUUGACAAUAAACUGGU